UCACAAGUCGGCUUGGCUGGAGAUCGAGAGAGCGCUGUGGGUCUAAAACCAAAAUCACUUCGGAUAGGAGCCACACGUGUGAAUAUCACAGGGCAGCCAGAGUGCCGCUUUUCAUUCAUUCUGUUUCAUUUCAUAAGUCCAAUGUACUACGCUGGCUCUAAGAAGUCGCUCAUAUCUGAUAGAAACUUUUGCGGCGUCUUCCUCUUAAAGUCAGUCGUCCGGCAGCUUCUUAUAGUUUCAAUGACACUUACGCGUAGUACUCUGUGAAUUGAACUGGAUCUCGCCUCUCACUCUCUGUUACUGGGAACUUAUUCUUAGGAGGGAAAGUUUUGCUGAUUUUUUUUCCUUUAAGAGCUUGUCAUCUUACCCAGAAGAGAUUAGGACAUCUCCUCCAAGACCCUUGGGGUAUCCGAAACAGCGAGUCAUGGAUUUCCCAAUGCUGUAUUUAGCACUGCUAGUAGGUUUCCUUUCACAGUGGGUAGAUUCCAAUGAGAUUCUGGGACUGAAGAUCCCGAUAGAUCCAAUUCUGAAUGCCAACACCGUGUGCCUGACCCUCUCGGGCCUGACCCGGCAACAACUGGACGUGUGCAUGCGAAAUCCCGACGUCACGGCCUCAGCCAUCCAGGGCAUCCAGAUCGCUAUCCACGAGUGCCAGCACCAGUUCCGUGGCCAUCGCUGGAACUGCUCCAGCCUGGAAACCAGGAACAAGAUCCCCUACGACAGCGUCAUGUUCAGCCGAGGUGAGAAGCGAGGACGGAGCCCAGGAGGAACCUUCUCAGGAUUCAGAGAGAGCGCCUUUGCGUACGCCAUCACGGCGGCUGGCGUGGUCCACGCCGUCUCCAACGCCUGUGCCAUGGGCAAGCUGAAGGCAUGCAGCUGCGACGAGAAGCGGCGGGGGGACGAGGAGGCCUUUCGGAUCAAGCUGAACCGCCUGCAGCUGGAGGCCGUCCACCGAGGGAAAGGCAUGGUGCACGGGGUGAUGGAGCACUUCCCCAAUGACUCCCCAGGGCCCCAGGAAUCCUGGGAGUGGGGUGGCUGCAGCCCCAAUGUGGAGUUUGGUGAAAAGUUCUCUCGGGACUUCUUGGACUCCCGUGAGAGACACAAGGACAUCCACGCCAAGAUGCGGCUGCACAACAACAGAGUCGGAAGGCAGGUUGUGAUGGACCAUAUGAAGCGUAAGUGUAAAUGCCACGGUAUGUCAGGCAGCUGCCAGUUGAAGACGUGCUGGCAGGUGACGCCCGAGUUCCGCACAGUGGGCACCAUCCUGAAGGAGCGUUUCCAGGUGGCCUCCCUCAUCAAGGCACACAACCGUAACACAGGCCAAGUGGAGCACGCCCACCCAUCUUACCGGCGGCGGCCCGGGCCCAACGAGCUGGUCUACUUCGAGAAGUCACCCGACUUCUGCGAGAGGGAACCGGGCGCUGACUCAGCAGGCACUCAUGGGCGGAUCUGCAACAAGACCAGCCUGGAGAUGGACAACUGUGAGAGCCUGUGCUGCGGCCGGGGACACAACAUCCUGCAGCAGACGCGCAGUGAGCGAUGCAACUGCAGGUUUCACUGGUGCUGCUACGUGGUGUGCGAGGAAUGCAGGAUAACCGAAUGGGUUAGCGUCUGCAAAUGAGCCACAGUGAAAAAAAAAACUCACAGACAGACAAGGACUGCUGGAUGCCUCUUCCCCUCACUACAGACAGAAGCGGGAAGACGACUGGAAUCAUAACGAGUGCCAGGCGUGUCGUCCAUACCAUCGAAGUGAUUCCUGUAGCUUCUGAUUGAUUGUUUUCAACCUGCACUGCAUUUUGUUUCCUGGAAGUAUUUUAAAUUAAUUUAAUUAAAAUGGUCACAUUAUAAGUGAGCACUCAUUAGUAUUUAAAUAUGGCUUGAUUUUUUUUUCUGUGUGUUGCAUCAAUUUGAGUGUAGACGGUCUUUACGAAGCGACUGUACGGUCUGGUACAUGAAGAGAACGCCAAAUCGAAGAAGAGGCAUUGCAACUGUCAGACGAUGCUUUUCCAGUUCCCCCACCUCUUGUGUGUUUUGCCACUUUGGCUUCUCAAUGUACAGCGUUCAUCUUCAGAUACUUUUGACAAUUAUCGAUGCACUGCCAGUCCGCCUCAAUGAACGACAAGAACAUUGCUAGAUUACGGUAUACAUCGUUGGACGUAUUUACAGUCGCACGCCAAUGCCGAAAAGGAAUCACCGUACUGUAAAUGUGCCGUGAAGAAACUCAUAGUCCUGUACGACCCCAUCAAGGGAAUAACAAGCAUAAUAUCAGGGGCUGGGAGUUGCAAGCUAUUGCAUGAAGUAAACAUACAUUCAUUUUGGCCCAGAUAAGGGAGCAUCGGUGUCUUGUCUUCAAAUUUUCAUUGGGCUGCAGCUGAAUAGUUUGCACACGUAUUAAACUGGACUGAAGCGUCGGAGAUUUGAUGCUGCGAAAUGCAAUUUAUUAAUGUAUAAAUGUAAUGUUAAGUUUAAUAAGUUAUUUUAUUUUUGUGAGUCACUUAAUAUUUGUAAACGAUAUUAAAUGUUAAAUAUAAAUGGGAUUCUAAAAUGGUCAUAAUAAUAAAACAAAAGUCUUAAUAAAGACUGCAAACGAAGAAUAUUGCUUUCCUACAAAGUUUACUGUCGUCAGGCUGGGUGCUGAUGAAUCUGGCUUGUUGGUGAAUGACAUUUUCAGACCCAUAUUGUAUAUAACAUUGUAAAUGUAAUGUUAAUUUUAAUUGCCACAUGUGGAAUAAUGGUUUUGAUUGAUUGCAACCUCCGACAUGAAAGUAACUUAAACUGGGACAGUGUACCUCGUUAAAUUCUGGUUUCCAGUAGUUAAAGGGUUGACAGCUGAUACAUGCCUACUGUCAUGAGUCAGCAAACUGAAGAACAUGCGUUUGUUGUUUUAAUGCUAUGUUCAGUAGAAUAGUGUCAAUAUCUGUAAUAACUGGAGCCAGCUGUUGUACUUGGAGGUAGAUGACAUUAGGAAUUGAAGAGCUAAUUUUUGAAACUCACUCAGUCUACGGGAUAUGUAGAGGGGAUAUGUUCGUAAGUAAGUACUCAUUAGGUUUGGUGAGUUUUGGAAAUUUAACAAAAGUUCUUCUUUUGAUUACAUGAGCACUGAGUGAGUUUUGGUUCCCAAUAAUGUAAUAUAUUAUGAGUAAACUUGACAUUCUCAUCUCUGUAGAUAAUAAAAUGAUUGAGUGUGUUUUGGAAA